AUAAAAUGGAAGUACUACAUCGCCUCGCUGGUUUCGCUCCUUCCCCGAAUUCAGAGAAAGGUUUUGCCAAAGGCGUGAUUUUGAUAUGGCUGGGAAGGUGAUGCAUGCUCUCCAAUACAACUCUUAUGGCGGCGGUGCCGCUGGCUUGAAGCAUGUCGAAGUUCCUGUGCCUACACCGAAGAAGGAUGAGGUCUUGCUAAAACUGGAGGCUACAAGCUUAAAUCCUGUUGACUGGAAAAUUCAGAAGGGCGUGCUUCGUCCUCUUCUGCCUCCCAAGUUUCCUUUUAUUCCUACUACCGACGUGGGAGGAGAGGUAGUAGAGGUAGGAUCUAGUGUAAAAGAUUUCAAGGUCGGUGACAAGGUUGUGGCUAUGCUUAAUACCCUGAAUGGAGGUGGAUUGGCUGAAUAUGCGGUGGCUAAGGAGAGUUUGACUGUUCCGAGACCAGCCGAAGUAUCAGCUGCUGAAGGUGCUGGUCUUCCUGUUGCAGGUGUUACAGCUCUUCAGGCCCUUGUAAAUCCUGCUGAGGUCAAGCUCGAUGGAACUGGACCCCGGAAGAACAUUUUAGUUACAGCUGCCUCCGGUGGUGUCGGUCACUAUGCUGUGCAAUUGGCGAAACUUGGUAACGCCCAUGUUACUGCUACCUGUGGAGCCCGUAACUUUGAUUUUGUGAAGAGCUUAGGAGCAGAUGAGGUUCUUGAUUACAAGACCCCAGAGGGAGCAGCUCUUAAGAGUCCAUCAGGCCAAAAAUAUGAUGCAGUAAUUCACUGUACUACAGGCAUUCCUUGGUCUACCUUUGAGCCUAAUUUAAGUGCGAAAGGGAAGGUCAUUGACCUUACCCCUGGACCUAGUGCGAUGUGGACCUAUGCGGUAAAGAAACUAACCUUCUCAAAGAAGCAGUUGGUGCCAUUGCUUUUAAUUCCCAAGAAGGAGGACCUGGACUUGGUUGUUAGGCUUGUGAAGGAAGGGAAACUUAAAACAGUGAUCGACUCCAAACAUCCCCUGAGCAAGGCUGAAGAUGCUUGGAGCAGGAGCAUUGAUGGACAUGCAACAGGAAAGAUUAUUGUGGAGCCAUAGAGUAGUCUUUCAAAUGAUGUUAAUGUUAUAUAGGUGUGUAAUAAAAGGUAUGGGAGGCAUGUAUAUUAUGACAGGUAAAUCUACCCAGCGAUAACAAUUUUCAUUUGCCUUGUAUGUUGUGUGAUAAAUCUUUAUUUCUCUGGGAGUUGUUUAAUGACUUGUAUUUUACUGAGUA